AUGUUAGAAUACGAAGAAAGUCCUCCGCCACUCAAUCACUCGCCUUCUCCGAGUGAUCGGUCGCAUUUCACCUCUCGAGAUACGACCCCAGUAACACCCGUCGGCAACGGGCCGUUCUUUGGCAGGAAGACAGAGAAGGACACGCUCCCGUGGUUCAGGAAACCCAUCGACGUAGGACGCACCACCACGAGACUUUGUUUAGACACCGACUCUUCCCUCCUCGCUCCGGACUUCGACGACAACUCUUUCCCAACCUUUGGCGCCUCGCCACCACAUAGGGGCAUGGCGAGCGUAGCCAACCCUCUCGAUAUCUCCUUGAGGCAGACCUCGACUUCGCCACGUGGAAACCAACCGUCAAACUUGACCUCUGCGCUGCAGCGGAGUGACAGUGAAGAGAAGCGCAUGAUGGCCAACCCAACACCAGACACCGCGCUCAACCGCCCCUUACCGCAGAUGCCUUCCAGUUCCUCCAAUGACUUCGCCAAUUUUGAGCAUGGUGCAAGGCCGAUCUCGGUGAAGGGCAUGGCGAAUGACAGGGCCCGACGCGAGAGUCUGGCCCAGAGCCUCAACGCAGGCAUGAGCUGGGGAGGAAUCUCGGUCGGGAGCUGGAUACGAGACGAUAUGGUCAUGUCCGGAACCUCGCCCUUCACCUUCAAUUCGCCCUCGUUCCAUUCCUCCUCUUACCUACCCAAACUCGAGGCCAACUUCAUGAAAGACUUCUCUUGCUGCGGCCUCACCCUGCCUACCUUACACGAUCUCCUACAGCACUACGAAGAAGCCCACGCGCAGAAGGAUCCGCAGCAGUCCAGUACAAGUCAGCAAGUCGUUCCGGAUAGCCGAGCUGCAAUUGCUGCCACUACGGCGGCUCAGGUCCAGCAAGAGGCCCAACAGCGCAAUCAACAGCAGCAACAGUCACACAAUGGUCCUGGUCGGCCGUUCGGGGCGCAGCAGAACGCGGCCCAGAAUGUCCACCGACCGUCGGGAUUUUCCAGCACGUUGCAGACAAUCCCGGACAUGGACACAGUUGAGGACAUGGAGAUGGAUGAUAUUGAUGGAGCUGAUGAGACGACACCACCACCGAAUCUGUACACUCAAAAUCAAUCCCAAACUUCGCCCCAGACCUCCUUCGCGGCACCCUCGCAACAGCCUCAAAUACCGCAACUCAACACUACCAUGAUGCAAGGGCAUCAAGCCUACCGGCAGUCCACUCCCAACACGCCCGUGGCGCCAGGGCGCAAUGCGGCACGCUUCCAGGGUAACACUUCAUCCACGUUGAUGCCAAACCCCAUGCAGCAGUUUCAAGACCUGCAGACCGGGUAUCGGGGUACCCCAGACUCGUCCGCUCCCGGCACGCCCGGCGAAAUGGGUGACGGCAUGAUGGACGGCAUCGACGACAUGUCCAUGCAGAACCUUGCCUUGUACAAUGGUCUUCCUAACGGGAUUGGUGGCUAUAAUUUCGGCAUGAAUAACGACAUGAUCGAUCUUUGCAUAGACGAGCCAUCGAAACGUCUCUUUUCGACCGGUAACCAGGGCGUUAACCAAGGGCAAGCCGGGCAACAAGUGCCGCAGAAUCGACUUGGGACUGGCCAGUACGGAGCAAAUAGCGAAAUUGCAAGGACAAUACGCGAACGGCAAGCCGCUGCCGGACUACCCGACACAACGACAAACAUUCUUCCGCACGAAGAACCUAAACCGUUCCGAUGCCCCGUAAUUGGCUGCGAGAAGGCUUACAAGAACCAGAACGGGUUGAAAUAUCACAAAGCGCAUGGUCACAAUAACCAGCGACUUCAUGAGAAUGGGGAUGGCACGUUCUCCAUCGUCGAUCCCGAUACCCAGGCACCCUAUCCUGGCACCAUGGGAAUGGAAAAGGAGAAACCUUACAAGUGCGAUGUUUGUCAGAAACGGUACAAAAACUUGAACGGGCUCAAGUACCACAAGACACACUCACCGCCUUGCAACCCCGAACUUCAGCUGAACGCGAACAAGAGCCCAUCACUCGGUAUGCCCAACAUGAUUGCUGGUCAACCAACAGGCAAUAUGGGAGCUGGUCUCUCGGGAGAUCUGUCCAUGAUGUGA